AUGUAUGCUCGGUGUGGAAUAUCACUUGACCACGGUCGGCAGGCUGGUACAACACAGAUCAAAGCAAGUCAUUUGAUGCCGCUCAUGCAUGCGACCCAGCAACAAGCCCCAUCAUCAGUCGAUAUACUAUUGAGAGAUCGACCCUGCGAUAUACAAUCUACUCCGAACGAGAAUUUUAAUAUUGCCCUAUCGAUUGCGAUUGCUUCGACCAAUAUUGCGCGUGUGAAACAGCUUCCUUACCAUUCUCAAGUUGGCCUUUCUAGCUCGAUAAAGAGCUCAGUGGUGGCGGCGCUUGAAUAUCAAAGACACGACAUUCUCCGUCUGCUCUUGGAUGAUUCCCAGGUCGAUGCAAAUGCCAAAGACAGUAAAGGCUACACACCACUGCAUCUGGCCGUCAUUUAUGAUGAUCCGGUAGCAGUCCGAAUUUUACUGGAACACCCGAGGGUUGAGGUCAACUGCCUCACUGCUGCAGGAGACAGUGCUUUGGUACUAGCAGCCAAGACUUUCGACGGAAACAGGGCCAGGAGUCAGAUUCUGCAUGAUAUUGUGUCCAUGCCUGACGUUUUGCUAGACCAGCGAGACCGGAUGGGACGUUCAGCGCUCUGGCAUGCAGUGAACACAAGCAACAUUCUGCUCAUAAUGAUGCUAUACCAAGACCCACGGACUGAGGUUGGCAUGGCAGAUAGAGAGGGUAUCACACCAUACGUUUGA